CGCCGUCAGUGCGCUCGUACCGCCCAAAUUCGCUCCGCCACCCGUCAGCUCUUCAGGAGCAGCUGGGUCUUGGCGGAUCGCUAUAUACACCAACGGGCCCAAUGGGGGCCUGAAGUCAUCCCACGCUGUCUAAGCCCCGGCGACGAAACCGGAUCGCCCGCUCGCCGCAGCCCUGGAGGUCCCUGGAAAUUUAUUACGUGUUCGCUUUUCCGUGCCUUCCGCUGUCAGUCUGUCUGGUUGCUUUCCAAAGUUCUUCUUUCCUUCCCCUCCUCAACCCCUCCUUCCCUCCCAAAAGUGACGACGGCCACAAUGUCGUCCCGGGCGAAGCGCAUCACCUCCAUCUUCUCCCUCUCCUCCAGCAACCUCGCCGACGCCGACAAGCAGUCGACCGCCGACUCCGACACUGCCUCGACCACCAGGGGCCGCAGAGCCUCCAUCUCGGCCAGCCUGAGCAAGAGGCGCGCCAGCAGGGCUUCCGUCAGCCGCGACAGGUCUUCUUCCGCCCAGCAAGAUGUCGCCUACCCCGAGCCUCCCGUUCCCCCGAUUCCCGACAACCUGAGCCGCAAAUCCACCGUCCUGACCAUCAACACCGACAACGACUCUGACCUUCUCCCCCCGCCUCCCGUCCGCGUCGAUUCGGCCUCGCGCUCCUCGUCCCCAAUCGGCGCCUCUCGUCCCGGAAGCCGCUCCUCGACCCGCCCAAACUCCUCGUUCCUUGACGUUACUAGCGAUGGCUUGCUCACGCCGAGCACUCCAACGAGCGCCAAGCUCAAGAGGAAAAGCAUUUUUGGCAACAGGCACAGCAAGGCUUCGGACACCGCGAGCAUGGCCGGCCCGUUGGCCUGGGUCUGCGGGCAUCAGGGAAAGCCCGAGUACAACUUGUCGCUGCUGUUGACCGCAGAGAAGGUCCCCGAGCUGUGGGAUGAAAACGGUGAUACCUACAUCCACUUGUUCCCCCGUUCUUCUGGAAAGGGACCGUCUUUCCGUGUUGAUUCUACCAUCUAUUCCUCGGCGUCUGUUUUGACAAAACUCGCGUAUGGCGGCAUCUACAGCAACCCCGCGGCGGGGUCGGAGAACCGGAAGACCCUGAACCUGGAGACGCAGAUGCAAGAUAUGAACGUCCAGUCUCAGGAAACGCCGCCAGAGUCACCAGCCGCCCGUGCCACGCCCAGGCCUUCGGAAAUAGACAGCUCGGAAGACAGUUCCAAGGGUUCGCGGGCGAUGAGCGACUCUCUGGAACUGCCCAAGGCGGAAAUCCAUCUUUACAUUCCUUUGUCGCUCGGCACGGAUGGCUCGGCGGAAUCCAAGGCAUCCCCUGACGACGUUGAGGCCUUGGUAGGCAUCCGCAACAUGUUUUCCUUCCUGGUGGGACAGUCAUUGGUGGCCACAAACAAGCGCCCGUCCAUCUUUGCUAUUUUCAUGGGAAUUGCGGAGCAUCUGCAAAGCUACGAGUUUUCAAACAUCGAUGGCUCCACCUUUGGUGAAGUGGCAGCCACCAGCUUCGACAAUUACGUGGAAGAAUUGCACCUUGGAGAUGUCCGGACCAGCCGCGAGAAGACCAUCGAAGGAAUUAUCCUUGGUGAGAAGAUGCGCUCCGUUAUGCUCUUCAACGAGGCUUUCGUGCACGCUGCCGGCAAAUAUGAGCAGAUCACUGCCCUCAAGAGUCCCAAGUUCCAGCUCAUUAGCCAAAUUACGCAGAACCGUCUGGAAAGAGCGUCCAUGGAUCUCGACAUACGGCAGCGAAGCAUCAACGGUAGAAUAGCAGACUUCAACUUCCCCGCUAUUUUCUCCGGUAUCAUGAACAGCAAAACCACCGAGGAGCGCAAGCAUGUUCGCUUCGAGGCUUGGAGGAAGGCGUACGAGGCAACCCGCAAAAACGUCAUCAGCUACUACAAGAACAAGUAUGGAGCGUGGCCACCGAAGGCGAGCUCCAAGAAAAACACCCUGGAGACGAGCGGUCUUAACAGGUUGGUGCUGCAAGACCUUUACACCGACUUUUCUUGUUGGUACGACCUGCUUGUUGAUCGCGAGAACCUCACCACGCGUACUUUGGACUCUGGAUCGACCGAGGACGAGGCGGCACUUAGCGUGGAUCCCAUUACCCGUGCCCUUCGCCAUGUGCUGAGCGAGUACGACCGUAGCAUCCCACCUGUGCAGCCUCCCGCUCCGUUCGACGUGCCGAUCAUACCCUCGCUCUCUCACUCCAGAGCGGACUACGGCAAUGACGAAAAGAAGGAUACUAAAGCUCGCAAGAAGACGCUCAAGGACGAUGAGAUUGCCACUAUCAUGAAGCAAUCUCACAACGCUGACGCGGAUAUUUCCAACCCGUUCUUGGACUCUGUGCGGAACCUCGAGAAGCACGCGGCGCACCGCAAGAACAUCGACGAGAUAACUGAGCUGCGAAUCGGCCAGUGGCUCUUAAUGUACGCGGUCUUGCAGUCACUGCCCAUGCUUGUCAUCGACGCUCCUGGUGUCAAGUGGUCCCAGGGUGUCGAGUACUUCCUGUGCGAGCCGCCCCGCUCUGGUGUGCCUUGGGCGCGCGAGGAUAGGGGCACUGCCCGCUCAUGGUACGGCAUUGCAGGCGGCGCAGGAGUUGUCUCGCUGCCCUCGGACCUCAUUGAACACGGUGUCGAAGGUGUCUACCGUCGGUCUCACUGCUGGCGUAGGGCGGAGCAGUGGACGGCGGACCAGGGCGGUGUCAUGGCGGCUGCAGUUGAGGAAGACCUAAACGAACCCCUCCCUGCGCCGGGCAUGCGGAGACCGAGACCCGGCUCGCGCACCAGCAGCAGCUCUAGCCGCAUGAGCGCGGCUCGCGAAAGUGUCAUGAUGCUGGGUCUGGAGGCACUGCCGUUGCCAGCUGGCGUGGCGCCGACCGGAGAGAUUCCCAGGCCGACGAGCAGUAGCGGCACGGCCACUUUCGACGACAUUAUUGGCGCGCAGCCGCCGCCACAAAAAGGCAAGAAGAGGGAGAAGUCGAAGCUGGCAUCUUAGGGCUUGGGAAAAAGGGGGAAAGGGCAUGUGCAGAGUUUUCAUUUGGUAGUCAUCUAUACCUGGGGGUGCAUUUGGUUGAGGCGUUAUAGCUUGCAUGGGAUUGGAUCAAAGGCGGCAUAGCUGUGUAUAGACGCCAGUGAGCGUAAAAACAAUUAAUGCUUGUUUUCCCAGUGGGGAUCCAUGGGAAGCU